UUUCUAAUCUACACAUAACACAAUACACGUCAAAAACCAUGGGCCCAUAAAUUUUAGCAAUGAUUUAUUGUGAUAAUUAGCUUAAGAUCGAUAUAAAAUAAAAUAAAAUUCGUGAAUACUGUGAAAGGUACAUAGAUAAUUUUAUGUGAUAAUUUAUAAUUUCAUAGAAACCCAGUUAACAACAAUGAACAUUAUAUUAAUAUUAUUGACACUUGUUAGUUUACAUACUUGCAGUUGUGCAAAACCUAGCCGACCUCGCGGAGUUCCAUUAUCGAGAGCUUCGCUAUACGCGAAUGAAGCAUCAUUUACAUGUUUAGAUGGGGUUACGUCAAUACCGUUUUCUCAAGUGAACGAUGAUUAUUGUGACUGUGAAGACGGUAGCGAUGAACCAGGGACUUCCGCAUGCCCCAAUGGCAUCUUUUUUUGUAAUAAUGCGGGCUAUAAGUCAAUAGCGAUUCCCUCAUCUCGUGUUAAUGAUGGAAUUUGUGAUUGCUGUGAUAUGUCCGAUGAAUAUAAUAGCUCUGCAGUUUGUGUCAAUACUUGCCAUGAACUGGGUAGAGAAGCAUUGAGAGAAGCCGAAAAGAGGGCCGAGUUGUCAAGACGAGGUAAUCAACUUCGUAAUGAAUUAAUUCAGAAAGGCAAAUUAUUUAAGAGUAAGCAACAAGAGAAACUGCAAAUGCUCGAAAAGUCAAUAGUCGAAGCAAAUCAACUCAAGGAAGAACGAUUGGCACUUAAAACUGAAGCUGAGCUCUUAGAAAGUUCUGCUUUACAGCAGUAUCAAGUACAGGAGAUCGAAGAAACUAAAGAAGCUGAAAAUGAUGAAAAUGAACCAUAUGAUAUUUUUAACUUGAUGGAUACAAAUAAUAAUCAAAAAGUUGAAGUAAUAGAGUUACAGGCUCAUUUGCCUUUGGAUAGAAAUAGUGAUGGCAUAGUAUCUUUGGAAGAAGCAAAGUUUUUUUUAAAUGACAAGGAUGAAAUGGACUUGGAUACGUUUCUAGAGGAGGCAUGGCCUAGAAUUAAACCUUUUCAUAUGAAAAGUGCUGGACUUUUUAAACCACCUGAAAAUGAAAAUAUUGAUAUUGAAGGAGAAGACAGCACUAAUGAUAAUGAAGAGAAAUUUGGGGAUGAUGAUAAAAAUGAUGAUGAACAGAAUAAGCAAAAUGAAGAGGCAACACAACCUACAUAUGAUGAAGAGACUCAAAAAUUAAUAGACUUAGCUACUGAGGCUAGAAACAAUUACAAUAACGCAGAGCAUGAAGUGCAAUCCAUAGAACGAGAAAUAUCUAAUGUAAAAGAAAUCCUAAACAAAGAUUUUGGUCCCCAAGAAGAGUUUGCUACACUGAAUGAAGAAUGCUUCGAAUUUGAGGAUAGAGAAUAUAUAUACAAAAUAUGCCUUUUUGAUAAAGUUACUCAAAAAUCAAGGAAUAGCGGAUCAGAAACAAGAUUAGGCACAUGGAGUAAUUGGUCUGGCACAGAAGGUAAUAAAUAUUCUGCAAUGUCUUACACUCAAGGGGCAGCAUGCUGGAAUGGCCCUCAGAGAUCGACCACUGUAGAUAUUGUCUGCGGUCUUGAAACAAAGUUGGUCUCGGUGUCUGAACCUAAUCGUUGUGAGUACAAAUUUUUUAUGGAAUCACCAGCAGCAUGCAGUUUUUCUGAGCGAAGCGAAGAUACCAAUGGACAUGAUGAAUUAUAAAUCAAUAGUAUAUGUAUGUACGUCAGUUCUGGAAGACUGUUGCAAUUUUUAAUGUACAUUCCUUCGUUCACUUUUGUAAUCAAUUAUACAAAUAAAUUAAUUUUACAAAACUUUAUAAAUGUUAAAAUAUUUUUUUUUGACCAAUGUCUAGAAUAUACUCAAUGAA